AUGGAUUUGUAUGUCGAAAUAGUUACCACAACAUCUCAACUCUAUUUACUUUCGUUGAUAGAAAGAAAAAAAGAAUAUAAAUAUGUCACAUGGUACAUACGAAUUCUUUUCUUUCGAAGUUUUUAUGUAAAGAAGAGCAAAAUUUUCGUGUGUGCCAAGCAAAGUGAUGGCAAGACAACAACAUAUGAAUUGAGUAAGACUUACGAACGAAAGCGAUGGCAAAAGAAAUCGCUCAACGCUGUUGAAACACUGAAUAUUCGGCAAUAUGAUCCUCCAAAUGAAUUAAGUCAGCAAUAUGGUUAUAUGAAAUUCGAUGGAUUGCCAUUAGAUUCCAAUGCACGCCUGUCUCAAUAUAUUCGUUUAAAACUCGAUACAAAUGCUGAUGUUGUUGUGAAAUUUAUGCUACAAGGUUGGGGUCUACCGACGCCUGAUUUGAUUAUAUCUGUAACUGGUGGUGCUAAACAUUGUGAUAUGUCAGCGCGACUUCGGAAAAUAUUUCAACGUGGUCUUGUUACUGCAGCCGUAACAACAAAUGCUUGGUUAAUUACGGCUGGAACGAACGCCGGUGUAGUGAAAGAGGUUGGUCAAGCAUUGAAUAACUAUCGCUACAAAAAUCAAAAACAUGGUCUUGAUGUACCUUGUAUUGGGAUUGGUAGUUGGGGAUACACAGCAGAAAAAGAGCAACUCGGUGAUCAACCAAAUCAGUUAACAAUCAACAGCAGUUCGAGAUCAUCUCGUGUGAUGUUGAAAAGUCAACAGAGUGGCAGUGUCGCUGCUGUUCGUAUGGACAUCGGUGAUCAAUAUUGCGUGAGGAACUAUGUCGUGAAAGAAAAACAGAAGAAGCAAUGUGAUUUAGAAGCAAAUCAUAGUCAUUUCUUGCUAUUCGAUGAUGGUCAACCCAAUGCAGAUAGCGUUUUGCCAUUACGAGCGGAAAUUGAAAAAUGUUGCCGACAUAUUAAUACUGGCUCAACAGCAGAAGGAGCAAAUGAGUUACUCAUACCAAUUGUUAUGGUAUUAGUUGAAGGUGGUCCAUCAUCAAUUAGAACAAUCUGUCAAGCAUUAGAAUCAAAUACUCCAGUUGUCGUUGUCAAAGACUCUGGCCGUGCUGCUGAUCUCGUUGCUGAACUACAUGCUUGUCUUUGUGACAAUGAAAUAAAUAAUGCAACUGGAUAUCCGACACGACCUAAGACAGGUGCAGUACGAGGUGAAUCACGUGACAAUGAAAUCAAUGCCAUUUUGACGAAGGCAAAAACUGAUAAUUCCCGGAUCGAUGAGGUUAAAGAUGAAUUGUGCCGAGUUUUAUACGAACGCAGACACUUGGUAACAAUUUUCAAGUUUGACAGUAAACGGCACCAUGGAAAUCUUGAAGAUGCUAUUUUAGAAGCUCUAUUCACUGCUGCGAAAUUUACCGGCGAUCAAAAUGAACAACACCAACGAACAGCUGAGCUUAAACUAGCAAUGGCGUGGCAUAAAUUUGACUAUGCAAAGCAACAUCUUUUAACAGAUACGACUAUAUCAAAAUGGAAGGAAGAUGACCUACGUCGUGCACUCGUUGAUGCUCUUCUCCGUGGUCAUGUAGAUUUUGUCGAACUACUAAUUGAAUUCGGCACGUCACUCGAGAAAAUAACUUUUGGUGAUCUUCGAUUUUUGUAUAACUCAAGAGCGGCUCGGACUCCACUACCACUCAGACCGAGCAUGAAACGCUACACGGAUAAACGCGAUCGAUACUAUUCAACUUACUUUGGAACUUUGUGGAACAUGGAUGCAAGAAAUAGAAUACCAGCAGGAGAUAAAGAUCUUCUAGGAAGUAACGCUCCACAGGACUUGUUCUUAUGGGCGGUGGCUCUCGAUCGAGUUGAUCUUGCUACUUAUCUUUGUUCGAAAACUUGGAAUUCAUUCGUUGCCCCUCUGUUCGCUGCACAAAUGUACCGUCGCGCAGCACGCUUAGCCAUCGAUUCUGAGGCCAAACAACAAUACGAAAAAAAUGCAAAUCAAUUUGAUAUUCAUGCAACAGCAAUUAUUGAUCGAUGUUUUGAUGCGGACGAAGAUUUUGCUGUUGAUUUACUGAAACGACCUGCGCGCGCGUUCUACAAUGUGAAACCCUUGGAAUUGGCGUCAAAAGCUGAUUGCAGAUCAUUUCUGGCAUCGAAAUCCGUUCAAAAAUAUCUAGACAACGAAUGGUUCGGCUAUAUCAACUAUCGACGAAAAGCGAUCAAUUUCCAAAUCUUCUUGUGUUCGCUAUUCUUUCCAUUACUUCCGAUAUUUUGUUUUUUUCUUACAUACGUUGAAAAGCACAAAAAGGUUGCUCGAAGUGCUCGAGAUCGAGCGAAAGUCAGUCAACCACUUAUGAUUCACAAUGUAGUCGAACCGGUUGAACAGAAACAGAAAGGAUGUCUAGCAAAACUAGAAAAGAUUGGGCAGUUUUACCAUGCACCUAUCGUUCGAUUUUAUUAUUAUAUGAUAUUUUUUGUUAUAUUUCUUGCGUUAUACAGCUAUGUUUUACUUGUUGAUUAUUUCCCUUUGAAUCAGUUCAAUGAGCGACGAUCGGGAUUUUCGCAUUUAUACAUACCGAUCACUGAAAUCAUUCUGCAUAUUUGUAUAUGGUGUUUAAUUAUCGAAGAACUUCGUCAGGUGAUUUUCGCAAAAUCUAAACGUGAAUAUCUAGCGGAAAUUUGGAAUUGGAUUGACAUAUUAGCUAUACUGUUAUAUAUUAUUGGCUUUAUCACACGAUUUUUCAUGUCGGAAACACUCUUUACUGUUUCGAAAAUAUUCCUGUGUCUUGACCUAAUACUUUGGUAUAUUCGAACAUUACAUCUAUUUGCUGCAUAUGAACGCUUAGGACCAAAAUUAGUGAUGAUUUUUAAUACGAUGCGAGAUCUCCUCUUCUUCAUUUGCUUCAUUUUCAUCUUUUUACUUGGAUUUUCGGUCGCAUCAUGGGCACUACUAACAACAUCAGAUCAAGUUACUUGGAAUUACGACAACAGCGGAACAUUAGUGAAUGCUACAGUUCAGGGUGGCGGUAGUGGUAUUGGUUCAUGGCAAGUGAUUCGCAACGUGAUUAAUUACGGUGUUUGGAAAGUUUUUGGACAAGUCGAUCCAAUUGAUGGCACCGAUGCUUAUUCCGUUAUAGCUUUCGUUUUGGCAAUAUUGUUUCUUGCUAUUGCAAAUGUACUGUUACUCAAUGUGCUUGUGGCUUUGUUUAAUGUUACCAUACAAAACGUUGAAAACCAAUCUCAUCAAUUAUGGCGAUAUCAACGCUUUUUAAUCGUUUGCGAAUACGCUGAUAAACCUCCAUUGCCACCUCCAUUUAAUUUGUUCUAUUAUCUCUACAGUAGUAUUCGAUAUAUAUGUCAGAAGUGCCGAUCGGAUUAUCAAUCAUGCCGCCGUCGACGGAAUGAUCAGGUUUCCAGUGAAACACUAACAAUGACGGUUCUCGAUUCUGAUGGAAGUGACAAGGAUAGAGAACUUAAAAUUACCGAUGCCAUGCAACGUGAAAGUGCGAUAGCGGAUGAUUAUUGGAGAAACGCAUUGACACAUGGCAAGCAAGAUGAAGUACAUGUGGCAUUGCAAAAUAUGGAACGACAGUUGCAUGAAUUGAAGGAACGUGUUCUAAAUAAUACUACUAGUGCGAAUAUGAACAAUAAUAUCAACACUACCACUCAAAUAUCAAACAAUGAUCUAAGUUGGAUAACGUCAACUGCUUGA